CGCUGGGGCCGCGGCCGGGGAUGGGGGCGGCCGGCGGCGCGGGCAGCUGAACGGCGCGGAGCGUCCUGCGCCUCCCCGUCCCGCCCGGCCCGAGCCGCCAUCCCCGCCACCAUGAACCGCCUCGGCUCUGGACCCGUGGGCAGCACCGCCACCGCUGCCGCCGCCGCCGGGCAGUACCGGGUGUGCGGCAAUUGCCGGAAGGUGCCGAGACAGGAAAAGCGAGUGCAAGUUUCCCCACCGUUGACAAGAGGACCAAGUGCCUUUAUACCAGAGAAUGAAGUUAUGCAAGCAAAUGGUUUGGAUGAGCGUACUAAUCUUCUUGUGGAAGAAUAUUCUACAUCUGGUCGCCUGGACAACAUCACACAGGUCAUGAGUAUCCAUACUCAAUACCUGGAAUCUUUCCUCCGCAGCCAGUUCUAUAUGCUGCGCAUGGAUGGGCCCCUUCCUUUGCCCUACAGGCACUACAUUGCUAUCAUGGCUGCUGCCAGACAUCAGUGUUCCUACCUAAUAAAUAUGCACGUUGAUGAGUUCCUGAAGACUGGCGGGAUUGCAGAGUGGUUGAAUGGUUUAGAAUACAUUCCCCAAAGACUGAAAAAUCUGAACGAAAUAAACAAACUUCUUGCACACCGGCCCUGGCUGAUCACAAAAGAGCACAUCCAGAAACUUGUCAAGACUGGGGAAAAUAAUUGGUCUCUUCCUGAACUGGUGCAUGCUGUUGUCCUGUUGGCACAUUAUCAUGCCUUGGCAAGUUUUGUAUUUGGUAGUGGCAUUAAUCCAGAGAGAGAUCCGGAUACAUCUAAUGGAGUCAGACUUAUAGCAGUCAACAACUUCUGUGUCUGUGAUCUUGCCAAUGACAACAACAUAGAAAAUGCAUCCCUCACAAGUAGCAACUUUGGGAUUGCAGAUUCUUUAAGUGAGCUGGAGGCCCUGAUGGAAAGGAUGAAGAGACUACAAGAAGAUAAAGAGGAUGAAGAAGCCUCUCAGGAAGAAAUGGCAACUCGCUUUGAGAAGGAGAAGAAGGAGAGUCUGCUAGUAAUUAGUGGAGCAUUUGAUGAUGAAAUAGUUUCUACAGAUGUCUCCCGCUACAUUGAAGAUCCUGGGUUUGGGUACAAAGACUUUGCAAGGCGAGGAGAAGACCAUCUGCCAACAUUCAGAGCUCAGGACUAUACUUGGGAAAAUCAUGGCUUUUCCCUUGUAAACAGGCUUUAUUCCGAUAUUGGGCAUCUCCUGGAUGAGAAGUUUCGGAUGGUGUAUAACCUCACAUAUAACACUAUGGCAACACAUGAAGAUGUCGAUACAACUACGCUAAGAAGAGCUUUAUUUAACUAUGUCCACUGUAUGUAUGGAAUCAGGUAUGAUGACUAUGAUUAUGGAGAAGUUAAUCAGCUACUUGAACGCAGCCUGAAGGUUUACAUAAAGACAGUGACCUGCUACCCAGAGAGAACUACCAAGCGCAUGUACGAUAGCUACUGGCGUCAGUUCAAGCACUCGGAGAAGGUUCAUGUCAAUCUGCUUCUAAUGGAGGCUCGGAUGCAAGCCGAACUUCUGUAUGCCCUUCGUGCCAUAACUCGUCACUUGACCUGAAGCACUCCCUGGCCAGGAGUACAGGAGCUUUUACUGAGUAUGUAAAGACCUUUUGAAAUAGAUACACACCAGAAGCUGUUUGUGAUGUAGCAUCAGGUUAUUCAAUUCUCUAGUGUCAAAGUUUAGCCGUGCUUCAUGGCGGCUGUAAUGUGCAAUGACGUGUUUUAUUUUCUUGAUGCUUAACAUUACUAAUGAUAACAAACGUAACACUGAGGAGCACUACUCUGCAUUGUUUCCGGCUGGAUUUCUGCACAAURGUCAGGAUCCUGAAACUGGUUUUGUUAUAUCCAAUCCUAGCGCUUUGUUCUUUAAGCACCGGAGUGAAGUGCUUAGAGACUUCUUUUUGCAAGCAAUCAUUUUUCAGAUUAGUGGAGUCCAGCAGAAGAUCAGUUCUGCCUGUCCUGAGAACGUACCACCACGCCGUGACUCGUGACGGAGACGCGCGGGCUGUGCUGCAUUGAAUCGCCCACUGGAUUCUCCUGUGUGUCCUGGAGACUGCUGCCAGUCACUGUCUUACUACAGCAAUUGGAGGUGAUGCAAGRUGUGGAUGCAAACAUCGAGCACACUUCAGUGUGAAAUUGAUCUCGAUAAAUCCUACAGCAUGCUACUGUAGUGCGAAAUCCAUCCGCUUUGUCGUGCCCCUUCACAAAGAGAAGAGGCCUCACGAUUUGCCAUUUCAGCCACGCUUACUGUGUUUCAAUCAUGCAUUGUCUUGUUUUACUGACAGUCACCCUCAGUUGUCCUGACAAUAUCCAUGCUCAUCACGUGUUGCAAUUUGUUUAGUUGGCACCUAUAAAAUUAAUACACAGGCUGACCAAAAAGAGGGUUGUGGGGUUUUUUGCACUCUCUUCUUUAUCAAUGUUUUAACUAAGGAAAGUAAAGGAAGGCUAGCUUAUCUGUUCUUUCAUAUUGGAUGUAUAGAAAUUAUUUCCCAUAACUUUUUCAUAGCAUGAAAUUGUAAUAUUCAAAGGUUAAAAAGUUUCUAUGCAUUAGUGUGAGUGAACAAAAGAAAAGUGCAAUAUUUAAAAAGAAAGCAAGCUUUUUUCCCUGACAUGCCACUGCUAAAGUGUCCUUCUUAUAUAGCCAUAAAGAAAUUUUAAAACCAAAUUUCUUUAUUGUCUAAGGCCUAGCAGUUUUGUUUUAGCUUUUACGGCUUAAGACAACCUGAUACUGAGACGCCAAAGCAUCCCCAAAACRAAGCAUUUUUGGACAACCGGUAAUAUUGGGGAAGGGAAGAAAUAAGCUGCCAAAAAUGUCACACUUUUGUGCUGUUUUCUGUUGCUAUUGACCAAUUUUAAGAGCACAAAAUGUUGAUAUUUAUAGCUUUAUUUUGUAUUGCAUUUAAUGAACCAGUGAAGUGCCUAAAGAGAUGCUUAAACUCACCCAGUAGAACACAAGUUAAAUGCUUAAACUUCUGUCUGUUGGUUUGAACUUUUCAUAUUUCUUUUGAGGAGGGUGACCUUUGUUUCUGUGGUAUACAUUCAAAACUAACUGAACAGGUGUAUUUUUAAUGUUCUGUUGGAUUGUAGAAGUAAAUACAGGAUUUUUGUUUUCAUUGGUGAUUGCAGAAUGGUUAGAAAAAAUUCUACCAGUCAUAUUUUGACACUUUUCUUUUACAAAAUCAUGGACCAGUACUCUACUAAAGUUAGUUUUCUCUUUUCUUCCCUUUUCCUGAUCCUUGCCGUGACUUUGCAUGUUGGUUUCUCUGCUUUAUCUGUCUGUUCCAGGCUGGAAAGCCCAAUGAUUGUACAUUUUUCUGCACUUUCAGACCGCAGACUCUGCAUGUGAAAACCUUUUGAGGAAGAAAUCAGUAAUUAUUUUUUUAAAUGCCAUGUUGGCUAUUUAGAAAACUAUCCAACAGACAGCACUGGUCUGUCUUCUAAAGAGACCAUUGAGUAGAACAUCAGAUUUAUUUAUCUUGUACAGCUAACUGCAAAGAUUUCUCAGAAUAUUGAGAUGCUCAUAUGUGUAAACUUAGAUUUACUUUCUAAGUUGUUAUGAUCCUUUUUCCCCCUCUUGUGAUUGUAGUGGCCAUACCAAAUGGCUUUUGUGCAUAAAACAGUUCUGCUGAGAGAAGUUUUCAUGCAAUACUUUUGCUGUUUUCAAGUGAUAGGAACUGUUCAGUACUACUUUAAAUUUCUUUGCAUUGAAGUCAAGUAAUUCUCAAGAAGCACAGUUGAGCUCUGGCAAGGAGGUAAAACUAGAUUUGGGGAACUAAUAUGAUGGCUUUGUUUCCCCUCAGAAAURCAAAGACUUCUGGAGUAGGUUGAGUUUUACAUUUGGAAACAUGAGUGCCUUUAYUUCUUUCCUUAUGAAAUAUACUUGCCAGCUCAAAUGCCUUCGUGAGCGAAGUACAUGAGCAGAUUUGAAAUAAAGAAACCAUAAAUGGAUUUCUUCAUAAAACUUGUAGUAAACCAGUGUUUUGUUUUCAUUUUUUAAAGUGCCAUAUCAAGUCCCAUAUGGCCUGCAAGACAUUCCAUCACAGGAAAUGUCAUUGUACAACUAGUUUGCUAUUUCUCUUUUUUUUUUUCCUUUAAUAUUAAAUGCAAACUUGAAACAUCUGGAAAUGUUUUCCACGUGGCAUUUUUUUUCAAAGUAUUGCAUUUACAGUGCAACAAUUUAUAGCCUAGUUUUUAUACACAAAUUUGUGAUUUUAAUAGACGUUUGUUCAGAAUAGGUCUUUAAAGUCAGACAGUGCUACCAUACACUUUAUGCAUGCUUUAGGUUCACACUGUGCCAAAUUUUAAUGUGCAAAUGUUCUUGGACUUUUUUGCAUUUUUAAAGCACUCAUGAAUGUGAAUCCUCACACUUUGUUCAUUAAUCUUUUCCUUAAGASUACCAUAGUCACUGGAUGUGUAGAUCCUCUCCCUCUGUGUUCCUUUAUUGGGAUUGGUAAUUACCAGCAUUCAUGUUAGUCUACAAAAUCCCAGCCGUGACCAAGGUGAAAACAAAGCAUGCAGUCUUCUGUCUACUGAAGAGAAAUCUUGGUAGGUACAAAUUAACCAGCUAGCACAGGGAACACUGUGAGUAGGGAACAGAGCAUGAACAGCUUCUUAUCAUUGCARAGUCACUUAAAAUGUGUGUUGUGAUAGAGUAUGUCCUUGCUGAGACUGCUCCAUUUUUUUUGGUAAUGAAGAGAAGUGAAAAAGGUGCCAACUGGAGRAAGCAUUUGCAUUUUCCAGAACACUCUACCCACAGCUGAACUUCAUGAGCGUGUCAUCAUAUAAGAACAGAAAUAAUUUUUAAAACAGAAAUAAUAAUUUUAAACUUGGGUGCAGUUUGUGCAGACAGCUACUACAGCUACUGCUGUGGUGUCCUAUGAGAAUUUUGAUGAGCUGUAGAUGGAUUUAUUUUUGUCAAGGCAGAAUUGAGAUAUAUAUCUUUUGUCCUAAAGUUUUCAUUGAAAUUAAAAUCACAGAAUCACASAAUUUGCUGAGUUGGAGGGGCCCACAAGAAUCAUCAAAUCCAGCUCCUGGCCCUGCACAGGACACCCCAAGAAUCACACCAUGWGGCUGAGAGCAUUGUCCAAACACUUCUGUCAGGCUUAGUGCUGCAACCACUUCCCUGGGGAGACUUUCCAGUGCCCAACCACCCUCUGGGUGAAGAAACUUUUCCUGAUAUCCAACCUAAACCUCCCAUGACACAACUUCAGGCCAUUGCCUUGAGUCCUCUCACCGGUUACCAAAGAGAAGAGAUCAGUGCCUGCCCCGCCUCUUCUCCCCACAAGGAAAUUGUAGAGAGCUAUGAGGUCUCCCCKCAGUCUCCUCCAGGCUGAACACACGAAGUGGUUUCAUCCUCUCCUCUUGCAGCUUCCCCUCUAGACCCUUCACCAUCUUUGUUGCCCUCCUUUGGACACGCUCUAAUAGUUUAGUAUCUUUCUUACAUUGUGGUGCCCAAAACUGUACAAAGGACUCGAGGUGAGGCCGCCCCAGGUCAGAGCACAGCAGGACAAUCCCCUCCCUUGAGUGACACCUUGAUCCUUGAAAAGGAUGUACUUUCACCUCUAAGGGUUAAAGAAUUGCCACGAUCACCUUUUUCUAUGUAUUAAAAAAAAGCUUUAAGGACAGGAAAAUCAGUGCUUUUAAACAAUUGUAAUUCUAUAAAUUUAGAACAGAUYAGAAGAGAACAAAAAGGCAAACAUUUUGCUGCUCUGUUACUUGARUGCAGAAAGUCAAAGCACCAGAUUUUUCAAGUGUGGUUUUUUUUCAGUGAUGUGAUAGAUAUUUUCAUGUGAUUUGGAAAAAGCAGCUAGCUGCAUAAACUUCAAUARGAAUUUAAGCACCCAGGCACUCGGCAAAAUCCUAGAAGGUGCCCACUUGUAUUUUUGAGUUAGAUUUUUUUAAAAACUGAGUCACCUAAAUAAAAUAGAAUAAAAUUAAUUUCCAUAGAGACUAAAGGAAUAAUGUGUACCAGAUCCAUGUGAUUCACAGUGAUUGCUAAUGAAAUGGGUUGUUUUGGGGACUUGAUGUAGCUUGGAGAAAUCUGUCCCAAAGCAGUUAAACUGUAAGCCACUGCUCUUGCAGAACAGGUUCUCGAUGUUUUUCAUGCAUGUGUGUUUUCCAUGAACCUAGGCAUGCAUUUCAGGCUCAUGAUCCAAAAUUUGGACUCCCUUUCAGAAGAGCUGGAUUAUUUAACCUCUAUUUGCAGAAAACAUUCAUUGGUGUAGUAAGAGGGUAGCAUGUGCCUGAACUAAAAAUUCUUGGCUCAAAAGAAAUAUGCCAAAUCUUCUUGAUCUUAAGUGAUGUUCUUUCAGUUAUUUUCUGUAGAUGCUGGGAUCCUUCUCCCAUAAAUAAGGGGUGAUGUUGCACAAAAUAGAGGAAGAGAGAAGUGGGUUURUUGUAAAUGAACCUUCCGAGAGCAGAUCUGACUAUAAAGCUGUMAGAAUUAGUUUGCUGUUAGUGAUCAUUCCAAGAGUUGGACAAAAAGUUUUCAUUACCUGAACUUCAGAUUAACUGUUCCUUAUGUCCCCCAGCACUAUGUUUGUCUGAAGAGAUGUGUCCACCAGCUUUCCUAUAUUUGGGAAUUGUAAGUGAAACAUUUUAUCUCCAAAUUAAAAUUAAUUUAGUAUUUCAUACCUACUGAAUAGAUUAGAGGUGUGGGAGAUGGAGAGAGCAGAGCACAGUAGUAUGAGGAAACUUUAGGAGCAUCUUGAUCAGUGUUAAUUAUUCCUUAUAGCACAUUUCCUGGCAGGUGGUCGUGCUGCUGCUCCCCCAAUACACAUCAGGUCUCUCUUGCAGACGUUUAAUCCUUUGCUGCUCAUUAGGGGAAAAAUUGUCAUUUUCCAACCUGCCACCACCCCUGUCCUGCAUCAAGUGCUUCCUGUCUUCCCAAAGCCACGCAUCCAUGCAGGGACAACCUCCCAGCCUUAGCCUUGAAAACAAGGUUCCUCUAUCACUGUUUGUUAACUGCAGAGGCUCUUUCUCACGUUUAGAAACACUUAAUUGCCGUGGUAGGUUAUUUCUGGACAGGAAACUUCUAAAUGUGGUUCAAAAUGAUGUAAUUCAGUAUUUGCUUUUAUUUAGCUAGCAUUUGCCAGUAGUGUGUCAAAGCCCAUCUCUGGAGUUGCAGUAAAAAUCCAGUGGAUCCACUAAAGAAAUGCUUUCUUUGGUGAAACUCCAUGCUUGAGCURUUCAGCUGUGCCUGUUUCUCAGAGGGAUAUCUAACAGGGGAUUUGAGGUCCCCUUGUGCCAAGCAGGCUUACAGGGCAGCCUCUCAGAUGCAUCCAGCCUCGAGAACAAGUGGAUUUGGGUUUUUCAUUUAUCUAUGGGAAAAAAAAUCAAAUGCAUGUUGUGGAGGGGCUGCUGGAGACAGAGGUGGAGUUCGGUGUUCCUACAGGUACUGAGUAUCAUCAGGGCUUGUGGAAAAUACAAACCUUGUCCCUGACAGUAGUUAGAGGUACUGGAGGUGCCAAUUGUUGUAGGAAUGGUAGAGAGCAAGCCAUGCUGUCRGCAUUGGGAGGUGCAGACCACAGGUGCUCCCAAGGGGACAUGGCCAGCGCAGGAGGAGUUGAGGUAUUGGUCAGUUGAAGAAACUUCACUGAUGUGUCCGAGAGGUCCUUCUGCAUGCCUGUGGAUAGGGGAGGUGGUGGAAGAUGCUCCCUUCCAAGGUGUCCAGAGGGCUUCUUUGGGAAAAGAGCAGAGACCCUUUCCUUACUCCAGAGAUGAAGCAGGGGAAGGGAAUGGUUCUGCCCAACACAAACUUGCUGCUGUUGAAUUGCAUUUUCGCGCCCCCAUCAGCCCCUUUGGGGUGGAGUUUUCAGGCAAAAGRGGUGAAUCACUAAGCGUUGUGUCUCCAGCUGAGGAGCCUGGGGGGCAGUGACAGCAGCAGGUCCAAACACCAACAGUCCAAAACUGCGUCUCAUUCCUCACUUCAUGCUCAUGUCGUGCCACCAGACCCAAACCUCUUCCCUCCAGCCUGCCUGGYGCCCAAGUGGCUGCAGGAGCAGCCCGCUCAUGGUGGUGGGUGAUGUGGCCACUUUUAAGGGGAAAACAAUAAUAUUUAGGCUACAGCCCGUGGACUCUGCAARGCAACAAAGUCAUUUGUCUUUUCAUGACUGUGACCAGAACUGGAUAUAAACUGUAGCUUAAAAAAGUAGGAAUUUUGUAAACUUGAAAUCUCUCGGUUUUACCCUUUUCUCCUUUUGCUGGAAAGCCACACGAUGAAUGUAUAUGCUUUAUCUUUCUAUCCAACAUAACUGAAAAUCAGACUGCCAACUCCUUGUUUUGUACUAGCCUUUUUUUUUUUAAAAAAAAAAAGAAAAAUUUGUGAGCAAUAUAUGUAGCAUGCUGUGAACGUCUGUUUUGAUCUUUAUAGUUACCCUUUAAUCCAUCAGUAUUAACACCAGUUCUUUUUUGUGUUCCCCUUGGUACUUCGUAUGCAGUGUAAGCAGAAGCUGUGAUCGGCUUUGCAGUCCUGUGCCAUGUUACUGUAACUCCUUGAUUUUUUAGGAAGCACCUGACUGUGGGCCACCCUGGGGCAGGUAGCUUGCCCAUACAUGACUGCCACUUUUCGGUCUCUUGUACUAUGUAUAGUUCUGAGUAGAAUAAGCUUUUUAACAGAAUAUUGAUGCCGUUUAUGAGUCAUGCAGGCUGCAAGUGUCUGGUGUGUGAGAGUCUUUGUAUUUAUAGAUGUUGGGGUUUGGUUUUUUUUGUUUUGUUAUUUUGGUUUGUUUUUUUUUUUUAAUUCAUAAAGUAGCAAACUUGAUGAACAUAGCCACUUUAAACUGCUCUUGCUAAACAGACCCUGCUGUAGAUAAAAUACCACUGUAGAUACAGGGAGAAGCACCAGCUCAGCUCUCUUGACUGUGGGUGAGCUGUGCCCCUCUCUGUGACAAGCACGGUCCGAGCCGCACGGCCGCUCUGCGUUUGACCACAUGGACCCAAACACRGCAAAGGCAGGGGCCUGGCACCCAUUUCAGCCCCCUGUGCCCCUCAGCCUGCUGCUGGCUGCCUCCACACUCUGCCCACCAAUGCACAGGGCAGGUGUGAGCCUUGCUGCCGCGAGAGGGAUGGACAGAGCAGCUGCUGGACCACAAACAUGGUCACAGCACUCCUGCAGCCAAAAAGCUUCCAAGCCUCUCUCGAGUGCAAAAAUUAGCCCUUGAUUUGCUGACUGCAGUGCCCAGCACGUCGGGUUAAGAAGCAGCACUGGCUCCCCAUUGGCAGCCGUGGGUCUGAGCCCCUUGGCUGGGGCAGCAGGCAGUGUCAURCCCAGGGAGGGGCCUUUGAUUGCAKCUCCCACCUCUGACCCUCUGGACAGAGGGUGAAUUGCACCCAGCCCAGCAGCUCUCAGCUUCUUGCCUCCUUCUGCCAAGGCCACGCAGUGUUUCGGGAUGGAGGGUUAAGGACAAAGCUGUGAUCCUGCAGCUCCUUCCCAGCACCAGGAAGUGAGGAAGCGUGGUAGCUCUGUGGGUCCCACAGUCCCUGCAGCAUCCUGGGGACAGGUGGCACAUCGCCUGUCCCGCCUCCCAGGUCACCUCCUGCCCUGAGCUCCAGGGACAGGCCACAGGCUCUUUCAUGGGAGGCUUGCCCACAAGGUGAGGCAGCUGCAAGGAGCUCUCUGUGGGUACCCACUGCAGCUUUUAUAAUUUUUUUCCUAUUGUUGCUGGUUGGGUUUGUUGUUUUGUUUUGUUUUUUUGCAAAGGACAGACUGACCUAGUGGGAUGGAUUUUUUUUUUUGUGUGAGUUUUGUUAGUUUUUAAGUUACCCGACUUGAAUUUAUCUGAACAGAUGCAGAAGGAACUUUCUCUUUUUUUUGUGAGUUAAGAGACAAAAACGCAUUUUUAAACAAAGGAAUCAUGUAUUAACAUUUUAACAGCAAUUCAUAAAUCUGCACUUUUUAUGAGGUUUUGAAAAAUCUAUUUAUAGGUACGGAACAAUGGGGUUUGUUUAAAACUGUAUCGCAUUUAUACUUGCUGAAAUUACUUUCAUUGUUAUCAGUAGGAAUUUCAUUGGUUAAAUAAAAUGGAUAAAACUUGUCUCCUGUUUGAGCCAUCAUUWGCCACAUGCUGGGGAACACAUCUCUGGAGCAGAACAUCCUGUGUUUUGGAACAAAAUCCAGUCCUUGAAGURUCCUUCCCGUCC